AUGCCAGUUCAGCAAAUUAACGUUAAGAAUUCGUCGGAUAUCGAAAGUUGGGAAUGGGGUGGUGGAUGUGGAAGAGAAGCAGUCCGGGCAGGAUCGGGAAGCAGCCGCACGUCAUGUAGUAAUUCUAGUGGUGACAUCUGUCGUAUUUGCCACUGCGAGAGUGAACCUCAUAAUCCCUUACUGGCACCAUGCUACUGCUCUGGUAGUCUUAAAUAUGUUCAUCAGAGUUGCUUGCAGCAAUGGUUGACAGCAUCAGAAACUAGAUCAUGUGAAUUGUGCAAGUUCAAUUUCAUUAUGCAUACAAAAAUAAAACCAUUCAAUGAAUGGCGGUUACUUGAGAUGUCGGGUGUGGAACGGCGUAGAUUAUGCUGCGCUGUUUUGUUUCACUGUGUUGCCGCUCUUUGCGUUAUGUGGUCAUUGUUUGUCCUUAUUGAGCGAGCAGUAGAAGAGGUCAACCGUGGUCUUAUUGCAUGGCCCUUUUGGACGAAACUGGUGGUCGUUGCGGUGGGUUUCACGGGUGGCGCUGUGUUCAUGUAUAUACAAUGCCGUCAGUACCUGCACCUCUGCAAUAGAUGGAGAGCGCACAAUAGGAUCCUGCUGAUCCAGAACGCGCCCGAGAAGCUGCCGAUGGGCGGUUCGCCGCCGGCGCGGUGCAAGCGGCGCGAGCGGGGCGGGCGCGCGCAGGCGGUCGCGAGCGUCGAGCCGCCGCCGCCGGCCGCCUACCGCGAGGAGGACGAGAGCGGCGGCUUCGAGAGCUACCGCGCCAACCCGCGCCGCCUGUCCGCGCUCGAGCCGCGCCGCCACUCGGACGCGCACUCGCACACGCACGAAUCGCCCGCGGCCGCACGCGCGCACGGCCACGCCCCGCCGCCGCUCGUCGCUUCGGCCGCGCCCGCCGUCGAGGGAGGCGUCUACCACAUCAGCGUGGACCCGCUCGAGGCGGACAUAAGGGAGCUGCUGGCCUUGGAGGCGAGGAGGGAGGCGCGCGCGGCCCGCUCGCUGCCCAACCUGCGGGCCAGCCGCGAGAGCUUGCUGCCGGCGCCCGCCCACGCCCACGCCCACGCGCCGCUCACCGCGCACGUGACCCACACGCCGCACGUGACCCACGCGACGCUCGUGACCCACGCGCCGCACGUGACCCAAGCGACGCUCGUGACCCAAGCGACGCACGCGCCCCCCACCGCUGCGCAGGAGCAGGGCUCC